GAACAAGAUUUCUAUGGGGGGUGUGGGCGAUUUGUUUGUGAAGGUAAGUAAGUGCUGCAUGAAGCUAACUAGAAUAUUCACAUCUAGUUGUAUUGAUAGUCCUUGUCUUGAGGAGGUUUCCAGCCAGUGUAGGCAUUGAUUCUUCAGUUCCAACGCCGGGCGUUUACACUUCUCCGGUGAAGAUUCAGUGCUUGUAGAAUUUGUUUCGCGAAUGCAGGAACACUAAAGCUAGCAAACUGCGUCACAUUCAUCACACAGUAAAAGUGAAAGCCAAAAUUACUUCAAAAUAAACCUCACCAUGCCGUCUUCAUCCUCGACAGUUCCCUCCAACAACCCGAAUUCCCUCGAGAAACCCCAACAUGUUCCCGAUCUGAAAAACCUGAUUGACUCCGCCGGCGUGGGCGGACAGCUGUUCAAAAACUUCACUUCGGGAGUUGCAAAUAACUCCGGAGGCGGCUUUAUCAAAUGCAAAAGUGUCUGGGUCUGCAAGAUUCUUGCGAGAUUUCUCAUGCUGGUCUGGCAUCACUCUAAAGUCUGUGUUGCGGGGCCGCGAAGAGCUCCUCCUCCCUGUCAUUCAAAAACGCAGUUUCUCAUGCGGAAUACGCAACUCAGAACCAUGGAAAAAACUUGUCAUGCUUGGCAGCGCAUUAUAGUGAGUUCACUAUUCCCUUUCUUGCAUCACAAGCUGCCAGACCCAGACAUAUUUGCAAUGCAUAGGCUCUAUGGUAUCCAAAUUGGCGAACUUCAAGGACAACCUCCUCGCGAAAACAGGCCCGGUCUUCGAAGCGAAGUCGGAGUUCUUCCAGAAGGCGCUGGCAAAGAUAGACGCGAAUGGAGACUAUCAACUGUAAAAAUGUCUGGGUCUGGAACAUUCUGACACUUGUCAUGCACGUUUUGCAUGAGCCCUGAUGUCUGUGAUGCAUGCCCUAGCAUCACAGAUUUUUUCAGAGCUUCUUGAUGCCUUUUCCGCAUGAGAAACGCCCUCUCCGCGUAGCAAAAAUUACAUUCCUUCUGGUACUCAUGCAAUACAGAUUUUUCUGGAAUCCAAGUGCAGCAUGACAAGUUGCAUUCUCCCGGACCCAGACAUUUUUACAUUUGAUAGAGACGGGAACUUGUCCAUUGAGGAAUUGGAGGACGCCGGGGUGAAGAUGGUCAGGAAGGUGGAGGAAGUGUGGGGACCGGUAUUUUAGAUAAAGAUGUUGUACAUAUCUAUUACUCCCAGAAUUGUUUUGCGAUUCCAAUUUACGCAUGACAACUUCCUGUUUGUGCGUAUGGCAUGCAACACAGAUUUCAAUCCCCUCAGCAAACCCAGCAACAUCGGAAAUCAUGAUCAGGUCAAAGCCGCUCUCCACAAGUACCAGGACGGGGCUUCCCUUGCGGUGGGUUACCUCGCGGCGUUCUACGGCGGGAAUUUCAAGCUUCUCUUCAUGGCGUCCAACCUCGCGGGGGGAAGUGAGGGGGAGUAUGCAGUGCAAAAGUAUCGUACUCGUAUCAAUUUCAAUGCAUUACAACAAAUUUCCUCAGCGUGAGAAAUGAAAUUUGCAAUGCUAAUUUGCCUCAGGAACAGAAUUUGUAAUGCAUGAUUACAAUACGACUACGAUACUUUUGCACAGGAUAGGGAGGAAGUGCUCGCGACGUUCCGGGAGCUGGUUCGGGUCAGCGCGGAGGCGAAGCAGAAGUUUAAGGAAAAGCUCGGGCCGGAUCACGUCUUGAUCCGGACGGAGUCGAAGGCGGAAGAUGGUAUUAUAGGAUUUUGUGUCGAAGAACUUCUUAUGUUCGUUGCGGCUUGCCACGUAGGUUAGUUUCGAAGUUUAGCAUGACAAAAAAUGAGAUGUACAACUGCAUUACAUCCAGGUUCCAGUCCCGAAGAGCAGGUUGAGUUCGCCAACACAGCGAAUAAAUCCGGCGACCUUGCUACCGCGACUACAACUACCCCUUUGACGCAGCAGCAGCAGCAGCAGUUUCCCCGCUCCUCCCUCGCGCUCUCUAUCCCGACCAAUACCAUUAUGGCCUUUCUCUCCUGCGUCGAGCCGCACAAACUGAUGGAGUGCGUCUCCUCCGUGUACAAAGCUUUUCUCAUCGCUUUGUGUGCGACUUUGAAUAACAACGCAGCGAAAUUCGGCCUGGGGCUGGCACUGGGGGAGAGGAUAUCCACCUUUCUACUCGCGAUGAUGGAUCGGGUGUUGUUGAAAGCGGAGAACGAGGUGGUUUGGCUGGAGAACGGAUCUGGCAAUAGUGCGGGCGAGGGACAACAAGAUCCGCACAGCAACACGACAUCGAAACUGCACGACAUCAAAGAUACAACAGCUGCUACGGGCAGCAGGAGGGGGUCCACGGCGAGUCAGGCCAGUGUCGGGAACAACGACACCAGAAGUAGUGUAAGUGGCAGUCCGAUCAAGGUAUAGAGACGACUAAGUAUGAGUGCUGGGUGCACGAUCGUAUCUAGAAGUGAGUUUGGCAUGACAAUUGUGAACAUGCAUGACUGAUUUUGCAUCACAAGUCGUUUUUAGUUGCUUUUACAAGCAGGAAUAAUUCCUCUCUCAGGUGAAGAAGCUGCAACUGUCCGACGAGGACAAGGAGGACCUGUUGAUCAAGAAAUACCCCGGGUGGCAGUGGGUGAAACUGGGUCUGCGCUCACUGUGCUCCACUCUCGGACUGUUCCUCUCCUGGCGACUGAAGGACGCGGCGGCGACCUUCUCCGUGUGCCACUGGGGCGGCAGCAGAAUUGCGGCGGCCUUGUUCAAGAUCAUGAAGCACAAAGACACGGCGCUGCAGGAAAUGGUGGCCUUGGGGAUUGGAUGGUACUUGAAUUUGGAGUGGUUUUUUCUGAUGUUGCAGAUGAUGCAUCUUUCCUUGCGGAAAUUUUGUGCAUGUUGAUUCAAGCAAGGUUCAACAAGGUUGAUCAAUCUGUCAUGCAUAUAUCACAUAAACACAGGUAUGGCUUCGCGUACCAUUUGCGGCACUUGAACCGACCGAGUUUGCCACUGUUGCUCUCCUUGCCACUACUACCGGUUUCUCUGAUGGAGCGAAUUUUGCAGGGGAUCACGUUGCAAAAUGAAAUAACGACGGCAGGGAGUUAGGGUGAAGUCAAUUGAUCACGGAAGUUUGAGGAAACAUAAAAAUCAUUUGGAAGAUGCAAGAUGAUACAUCACGUAUUUGGAAAAAAGCUCAUGUUUCUGUUGAAAUAGAAAUUGUACUUGUACGAUUGUAAUGAACGGAGGAUAAGUCGAAUGCCGAGAUUCAAAUUUACACCUAUUGUCACGCACGCCUUUUCGAAAGCUAGUUGCUGCUCGACAUGAAAAAGGGCUAUAUUCGUAU